AUGUCAACUUAUUCGCAAAAUGAGAAAAAAUUAUUAUACUCUAAAUGGUGCGAGAAAUUUGACCUUGCAAGACACUCCUUACUUGCCAUUUUUGAACGACAGGACGGAAUUCAAGAAGUGAAACGUAAAGGAAUUAUUAUCGAUAGUGAAAUAUCACGUGGAAAAUUCCAAGAGUUUAGUGAAAGGGAACCAAGGAUUUCUGUAAAAUUCCGUUUAAUCGACGGAAAGAUCGAAGCUUAUGAAAUGCCUAUCGAACAUCACUCAAUAGCACAAGGAGAAUUAAUUUAUAUUAUGAGAAGUUGGAGUGAUCAAUUGAAAGUAAUGGGUGAAAAUGAUAUAAUUGUGGGUCCAAGAAGUCUUUAUCGUUGUGACAUUUGCGUUCGACCAAUGAAUCGUUCACUACCUCAAACCGCACGUGCCGUCAACACAUCAGGAAGAAUAUAUCCAACUUUAGUUGUGGAAGUUGGUAAUACGGAAAGUGUAAACAGUUUGCAUGGUUUAGCUGCGGAAUAUUUUUCUACAUAUACCACGAUUCAAUUAUAUUUGGUUAUAAAGAUAUUUCCUCCUCGUCAGGAUAAUACUGUUGCGUUGCUUGCACUACUGUAUUCACGCAAUAAUCCAAAUCCAACCAUACCAAUAAUCGUAAAGUCCUUUGGAACAGCAUCUCUACACAUUUCAACACAAAGAUAUCUCCAAAGUACUGUAAAUGUUCCAGUCAAUAUAAUUACUGGAGUCGGAUUUGGGGCAGUUGCUUGUGAUGGUCCUGGUAUUGGAGAUUAUCAAGUAGCUAUUCCUACCAACUUACUAUUUAACGGUGCUCGUGUUCCUAAUGAUGUACCUGAUAAUUUCUAUAUAGAUUUAUUUAAGUUGCAAAAUGCAAUUCUGAAUUGGUGA